GCCUCUCUACGCUUUCCUUCCUGUUCAGAAAGAGAGAGGAGAGAGGAAGGAAGACAGAGGAGGAGGAGGAAAGAGCAUUUUGCUUUCUUUUUACUUCAUUCUCCUUAACUGCCUAGCAGAAAACAAACGAGAGAGAAGAGUGUUAGAGAUUGAGGGGAGGGAGAGAGAAAAGAGAUAAAGAGAGAGGAGGGAGGGAGGUAGAGAAGAGAGAUUUAGAGAGGGGAGGGAGAGAGGGGGGAGGUUUCAGACUUUUCAUCUAAUUUGGGCUGUGGUAUUUGUCAUAGUGGAGCAAGUCGAGCUGAGCUUCACAUUGUAGUGAAUGAGAUUGUACGUUCUGUUCCACUGAAAGCCAUGUCAGAGGGCAUUGUGAGGAAGGUCCAACCCUUCACCAUUGGCACCAGGCUGUCCAUCCCUGCACCUGGCGAAUUUAAAUGUCCUGACUUUCUCCCGCAGUCCUCCUGGCAGAGUGGGACUCUGGGUAAUAUCACUUUGCAGUCCAGCCUCCAAGAGCGGGUUUCCCUGUACCUGAGCCAGGCACAGGUGUGUGGGGCCACUACGGAUAUGGCACCCCUCAGUCCACAGCUGGUACCGCUUGCCAAAUGGACCCCUAUGACCCAUGUACCUCUCGGACAGCAGCAACAGGAGGACAAUGCUGCUCUGCCUCCAGCCUCCACCGCCACCCGAUCCAUCAAGAAGAUCACCAUCUCUGGCAGCUCUGACAAGGAGCACAACGCCUGGAGGAAAUCGGGACAUUCAGAUCACCGGGGGGUCCAUGUGGGUCCACUACUAACCCCCGGCACAGAGAUGCCCAGAUCAGAAAACAAUAACAACAAUAACAACAAUAACAAGUCUGGUCUGGCCAGAAUACUGGGAGUCAGCUGUGAGAACCAACCCAGCUCACAACUCAAGAUGUUGCUGAGGAAAGAGUCCAAUCCUGACCAGCAGCCUAAUAGGAGUCCUGUUCCUGGUUCAGACUUAUUACCAUGGUCCAGAGAGAAGACCCAGAAUCAGGCGUUGGGACCCAGAACAAGCUCCCCAAACAAAGACAAGUAUGCUUGGACAAUAGUGGUAGAACAGAAUGAUAGGAACACCAAAAGCACUGACCUCUUCAACCAUGAAGUACUACAGGUGGAGGCUUGGAUAGCAGGAAAGCAUCAGGAGAUGGACGAGGGCUGUGAUAUCCAGAAGGACCUCAGAGAUUUUGAAAAUACCUUUUUCCAACUCAACCAGACCAGAGAACAACAGAGCUCUAAGCUGAACCCUUCCUCUGAAUGUGUGAAAAAGCAGCUGAGCCAGGUCAGAGACCAGUGGCAGGCUCUGAAGGAAAGAACGGUUCAUCAACAAAGGGCAGUUGGUGGGGCCAUAAACCCGCAGGAGUUCAACAGGAAAGUAGACAAACUAGAAGCUUGGAUCAAAGAAAAGGGAGAGGAGUGGGCUCAGAUGAAGGUCCUGGGGGACAACCCUGACAAGCUGCAGCUGACCAGGAGAAUCCUGGACCUUAAACAGGAUGAGCAGAUGUACAGGACUCUCCAUGAGGAGAUCAACCAACUAGCCCUGACGCUGGAAAAACAGGGCAGACCUACAGAGACCAAGAACAUCUCCACACGGAGGAAACACAUCAAUAUGUUGUGGUUGAAGGUCCAGUCCCUCCUGAAGGACUAUCAUGACCACCUGCGACUGGCACUGGAGGUCUCCUCAUUUUACCAACAAGCUGACAAUGCACUGUCUGCCAUCAAAAAAAUGAGGACAGGUAUUUCUGUGGUCAAGAACAGUGGUGAAGAGAGGGAGAUUCGGGACAUCGCCAGCCAAAUCAUGAUGCUGGACGUUAGCAUGUCUCAACUGUCCAUCCACCACCCAGCUCUGGCUCAACGUGUUUCACUGAAACAGACUGAGGUCAAGGACUGUUGGAGUCAUCUGCAAAACAUUGUCAGAACCACACGGCUGCCCACCAUUGCUCCCGCCUCCCUUCCUGGCUCAGACUUCAGCAGCGCAGAUGGCCAGCCCCUGACCUGGGCCAGAGAACCCCAGGACAGCAGGCCGAAAGAGCCACACAGAAUUAUGGGAAAGGAGGUGAAAGAAGAUCCGAACAUGAAAGACUUUGUGAGUGUCCAAGGAGAAGGCCUCUCAGAAAGCCACGCCCCCGGCACUACCAGAGAAAGCGCCGUCUGUUUUAAUGUCAGCCCCCCAAAACAGCAGACUGGUGGAGAAAGGCAAGUGAAUGUUGAGCCACGGCUGCAGUCUGGAUCCACCCGGCUUCAGUCUGGAUCCGCCCGGCUGCAGUCUGGAUCUUCCAGGCGUGGCCACCCAAAUCUCCGCCUGUAUAUCCCAGAGCCCCACGCAGAAAACCCUCAACCCAACCCACAGCUUCAGGUAGUAGCAAUCCCCCAGCCACACCCACCCCUCCAGACCCAGAGAUGCUCACAACCACACCCGCCCGUCCAGAACCAGAGACGUCCACAACCACGCCAACACUUUCAGACACAGCUCCAGAAGUUCACUGUGUCUGCAGACAAGACCCUAUUGUGGUUGAAGGAAAACGUUGUCAUGGCCACCCAGGUCUGCUCCCUUAUUGGUUCAGAGGCCAAAAGACUUCAGGAUGUCCUGGGACAGGAGCUAUUCACCAACAAAGACAGAAUAGAGGUGGUCAAAAAGGAGGGAAGGGGCUUAGUCAAUGCCCAGCACCCCAGCAGCAGGAAGAUCCAGGAAUUUUUGAGUCGGCUGGACGAUUUGUGGGAGGAGCUAAAGAGACGACAUCACAGGAACCAUAUCUAUCUCCAGUCAGAGGAGGAAGACUACAGGGUGGUGAAGGUGCUCCAGGCACUGGGGUGCAUCGAGGCGUGGUUACAGGCAGUGGACCUGUCCUUGUGGACCUCCCAGCUGGCAGGAGACCCGGAGACUAUGAGGCUGGCUGAGAGGGAGGGCUGUCUGCUGCAGAAGGAGCUGUGUGCCCAGGGGUUGGUGCUGGCGACCCUGAGACAGGAGGUGGACAGGCUAGGUGGCCACCAGAGUGGAGAGGGGUCAGUACAUCCCAACGCUGAGGGCCCCCAGGGACCACAGACCCACCUCUCAGAACGAAUGGAACAAGUAGAGAGAAAGUACCAGAGUGUCCAGACUGUACUGAUCCAGCGAAGUUCCUCACUGCAGGACAGAAGGAUGUUGACAGAGUUUCUGGAGAGAGUAGAACUAGAGAGCCAAGAGGACCGGGAGGAGGGUUACAACAGCAGCAGCAGACAGCCUCUUCAUACUAAGAUGAGAUCAGCAUCCAGCUUGCUGGGUGAUGGAUGUGGGGAAGUUGCUGUGCCCCUGAUGAAGGCCAUGGGAGACCCUGUAGAGGAGUUGAGGGAGGCAGUUGAGAUGCUAAAUGACACGGUCAGGGAGAGAGGAAGAGUACAGAACCACAUCCACGAUCAGGCCAUCCAGAACCUGAUCAGACAGCUGGGUGUACUGUCAAUGCAUGUAGAAGGCUGUCUGUGCUGCAGUAUAGAGCUGACCCUGGACCUUGUGCGGAGGGAGACAGACAUGGCUGUACGUUGUGAACCAGAUGGCUGUGGACUAGGAGACCUGGAGGAGCAGCAGCACCAUCUAGAGGUUGACUAUGCUAAACUGAUGGUGGAAAUAGAGGCGCUCCAGAGAGAGACGUGUAACCUGGUGAAGCUGUGCCCAGACAGAGUGUCCACCUUGGGGGUGGAGGUGCAGGAAACCAUGACGAUGUGGAGGGAUCUAGGGAAGAACAUGGAGGAGAACAGACACAGACUACAACAAUUUGUUGCCCUACAAGACUUCUUCAGGAACUAUUUGGCCAUCAUAUUGUGGACAGAGGAUACCCGAGCUUUUAUUUUCUCAGAAACAGUUUUGCAUUGUGGGAAGGAUGGCAAGGAGCCUAUGACUGAAGAAAUGGAGAUGGACAUCCUGAUAGACAAAAAAUUUGAGGAGUUUGAGGAGCUAAAUGCUACCGGGAGGACGCUGCUUGACACUGAGCACCAUCUAGCCAACAUGAUCCGGGAGCGUCUGGAGGAGUUGAGGAGUAUGCUGGACUGGAUACUGAUUCACUGGAGGGCUCAGAAACACAGGAGGAGCCUCAGCAAACCAAACACAGAGAAUACAAAAGAGAUAAUCUACUCUGAGCCACCAGGAGACCCCACAGCAGAACCCAUCUAUUCCAACACGAUAGCAGAUCACACCUCAGAAGACACUAUCUACACCAAUACAGCAGAACUCUUGCCAGAGGAUACAGUUGACAACAUCUACUCAGAGGCUAUAGCAGGCUCCCCCCAAAGGGCUCCUGCCCUUUCAGAGUCCCAUCAGCCCACUGCAGGAACUGUCUCUGAGAACCAACAGCAGCCUGCUGAAGACCUAGACGAUGACUACCAGGUCAUGAACAGCGAUGGCUAUGAGGUCAUGAACAGUGUCCAGGGGCUUGCUGGGGGCGGCUUUGACCUUACUGUUCCACAGACCAUCAGUGAGCCCAGCAGCCCAGCCCUCUGCCUGGGGGACAGCUCAGUUAACAGCAAACCUGGAGUUAUCCUGGGGGGCAGCAUGGACCGCGGGGGUAUAGUGAAUCUCAUCCUCAGCUUGGGGAAGCUUGGAGACAGCCAUGUGGAGGUGAUGGAGGAGAAGGAGGAGGAAGAGGAGAGUGCUAAGCCUGUUCACAGACCUGCUAAAAGCUUUUGGAGGCGUUGUCAGGGUCUGUUGGAAAACACUCUGGGUAGUUUAAAGAGAAAGAGAAGGCGGUAUGGCCAGAGUGCAGACCAGGUGAGUACCUAUUUACAUGUAAAGGAAAACAACAUGGCCGCCAGUGCUCCUGUAUAUGAAAGUAUCACACUGCCCCGCCUCCGCAGUAAGACACAGUCUUCAUCAGCCUCCUCCUCGGGGCCUCCCUGCUUUGUCUCUUCUUCCUCCCCACCUACAAGCACCUCCACUUCUCGCUCCAUCUUUUCCACCCAGAAGAAAAAGGGAAAAAGCAAGACAGACUCUCAACGACACACCAUGCAGAGGAUCAUGGGUGUUGAAGGGGAGGAGCAGACAGAACAGGGGUGUCCCGCACAAGCAUCUACUCAGCCAAUCACUUCGUACAACACCCAGACCUGGCCAAUGAAGGAUGGUCGUAGUAAGAAGAAAAGCCAAUCAAAGGCAGAGGAGGUGGGGCCAGGGACUGGGGUGGAUCUCAUGGAUUAUGUGCAGAACCCAUUGGCAAAAGAUAUUAAUGAUGAAUGUUGUGGGGUCUACACCAUCAGUCCAUAUGCAGUAACAGAGGCCUCCUCUAUGGCACCACCAAGGGGUCCAGUGAGGAGCCACUGUAGGUUCCUAUCCCUGGGGUCUGUGUUGACAUUUGACCUCCCAAAAGAUAUGAGGCUGGUCCCCAGUAUACACGAUAUUAUCACUAUAGGACCCCCAGAACACAGGGGUGGACCCAAACCCAAAUGUAACCCCAACCCAAACCUCAAACCGCACACAGAGAGAAACCCUGCCCUCAGCUCCUUCAAACAGGCUACCUCCUCUCUCUCCCCUCCCUCAUGCCUCUCACACCACAUGCCCACACAGGUCAUGACUCAGACACAGCUAGAGCCCUGUCGGUCUCAUCAGGAUGAAGACUUCCCUCCUCCCCCUCCUGCCCUAUCUAAGGAAAUUGACAAAUCAGAUUAUCAGACUCUAUCAAUCGAGGACCUAUCCCUCCCUCAGACUGUACCAAGCAAUGACAAAUCAGAUUAUCAGACUCUAUCAAGCGAGGACCUAUCCCUCCCUCAGACUGUACCAAACAAGGACGUAUCCCUCCCUCAGACUGUACCAAGCAAGGAUUUAUCCCCCCCUCAGACUAUGGAGAGGAUAAUGAUUGGUCAAACCCCUGAGAUGCCUGGACAGAGUCUGAGACCUGGUCUAAUCAGCCUAGAGCUCAAUUCAUCUUCGGUCUAUCAGAACCAAGAGCCCAGUGUAAUCCAGGUCUCCAGUCAACAGGGGCCCAGUGUAAUCCAGGUCUCCAGUCAUCAGGGGCCCAGUGUAAUCCAGGUCUCCAGUCAUCAGGGGCCCAGUGUAAUCCAGGUCCCCAGUCAUCAGGGGCCCAGUGUAAUCCAGGUCUCCAGUCAUCAGGGGCCCAGUGUAAUGCAGGUCUCCAGUCAUCAGGGGCCCAGUGUAAUGCAGGUCUCCAGUCAUCAGGGGCCCAGUGUAAUGCAGGUCCCCAGUCAUCAGGGGCCCAGUGUAAUGCAGGGCUCCAGUCAUCAGGGACCCAGUGUAAUGCAGGGCUCCAGUCAUCAGGGGCCCAGUGUAAUCCAGGGCUCCAGUCAUCAGGGGCCCAGUGUAAUCCAGGGAUCCAGUCAUCAGGGGCCCAGUGUAGUGCAGGGUUCCAGUCAUCAGGGACCCAGUGUAGUGCAGGGCUCCAGUCAUCAGGGGCCCAGUGUAAUGCAGGGCUCCAGUCAUCAGGGGCCCAGUGUAAUGCAGGGCUCCAGUCAUCAGGGGCCCAGUGUAAUCCAGGGAUCCUGUCAUCAGGGGCCCAGUGUAAUCCAGGGCUCCAGUCAUCAGGGGCCCUGUGUAAUCCAGGGUUCCAGCCAGUCUUCCCAGAUGGUGGUAAUUCUGAAGACCAGUGGGUUAGACAAUAUGAGACGGGACUCUAACGUCUCCAACUUUAAGAGCUUACAUUAUUCUGAGAUGCUCCAGUGUUCUAAUGUCCCCGAGGUGCUCCAGUGUUCCAAUGUCCCUAAGGUGUUCCAAUGUUCCAAUGUCUCUGAGAUGAUCCAGACCCAGGGGAAGGUUGAAGACUUCCAGCCUGAGACCAGAAUGACUGUAGCAAGGGUUUUGUCUCUGAGAGAGACAGACUCUGACCCAGUCCAUCAGAACAAUGAGCCUGAUUUGGUUCUUCAGAACACAGACUCUGACCCAGUCCAUCAGAGCACUGAGCCUGAUUUGGUUCUUCAGGACAAAGACUCUGACCCAGUCCACCAGAACACUGAGCCUGAUUUGGUUCUUCAGGACAAAGACUCUGACCCAGUCCACCAGAACACUGAGCAUGAUUUGCUUUUUCAGGACUGGGUCCAUCCAGACCAUCAUCAGUUUGAGGAACUAGAGGAGGAACUGGAGGACAUCUGGAAACAUAUCAACAGCUACAGAGAGAGUUUCUGCUCUGAUAUUAUGUACCAGCCACACCAAGAGGAAGGGGGAGGCAGCAGCUCCCAUGGAAUCUCCACAGAUCCCUCCUCACCCUCCUUCCCCCCACCAACCCCACCCAAGGCCACCCCCUACAGGAAGCUAAUAACAUCCUCUGCCCCUAACCUCCUGGUGGGUGAAUUCACACUACCUGCAUUACUUCAGACCCUGAAGGGGUCCAACGAGAGCCAAGGCAAUGCCCAGCAACCUAACCCAAGAGAAGAGCUCCCUAUUCUGGGUAGCUGGAACAGAAGGUCCUGGGCAACCUUUCCUAACCAGGGCCAACCUUGGAGUUCUACAGCACUGGAAAAUGAGACAGGAAUAGAUAGGGUGAAGCUACCACAGAUAGAGGAUCAACAGAAAUAUAUCUACCAGUAUAAAGAAGAAGAAGACGAGGAGAAGGAAAGUGAGAAGGGUGACUUGAUGAAGAUGGAGGACAUAGGAUGUCUGAAGGACCAAUCAGCAAGCCUGCUGUCUGUCCACAGUAGUCGGGACAGAGACAAUAAUAGAGCCAGUCUAGAUGGAGAAAUGGUGGAUCAGGGACAGAGGAUGACCACUGGAGGGCGGUGUGACACUACAAAGGACAGCUGUUCUGGGCUACAGCUCCAGUCCAUGGAGGGACCUCUUGAGAGGAAGCAAAAACUGCAGCUUGGAGGGAAGAAGGCUGGGUCUCGAGCAUGGAGCGCCCAUCAUGCAGUGCUCUACAAACAGACACUCUGCUUCUACCAAGACAGGAAGGACACACUGAGGAGCUCAGUGUGUGGUCUGCCUCUGAACCUGAGGGGGGCAGUGUGUGUCAUGGCCCCAGAAUACACCAAGAAGCCUCAUUGUUUCAGUCUGCGUCUCCGGGAUGGUUCAGAGUAUCUCCUCAGCACCACAUCACUAUUCAGCAUGAAGAAAUGGAUGCUGAAGAUACAAGCCAACACUGAAGAUCAUUUUGGAUCCAUGGGACAGAAAGUGAGUGCCAGGUCCAGAGAGAGCAGUCCUACCUCCCUCCCCCACACUCAGCCUGGCUGCUGCUUCACCAGUGAUCAGGUCUGCCACAGCAACAAGCACCGCUCACACUCCUUCUCCUCAGCAACUUACCACAAAAUGAAACCAGUGAUGCUGCCUCCUGGAGGUCGUGUUCAGGAAAGCAUACCCAGCUAUUCAGUGACACUGGUUAUUGGAGACAAACAGUCAGAUGCUCGGACAGUCAGUUAUGAUGAUUCUGGUCCAUCUACCUGCAAGACAAACCGGGAUUUCUACCAACCGAACUUUCACCAGCAAGACACAGCUCUUCAAAGCUACAUAAGCCUUCCACAGCAACGCAAGAAGUCUGUCUUCAAGAAGUUCUUUGGAAAAAAAGACGUGCUGAGUUGAGAAGCUAUAAAGUUAACAUGAACUGAUGCGGUCCUGUAACCUUCUGAAUGUCAGAUGUUUUCAUAUAUCUAUUAUAUUUAUGGUUAAGAGUUUUGAUAGAUUUCUGUGAUACUGAUGUCAUCCGAUCCUCUUCAUUUUAAUAUUUUGGGUUUUGUGUGAGAUUGUGUGAGAUGUUUUAUAUCUUUAAAUAUCAGUGACUGCUGGGUGUUUACCGAAAUGUGUCAACACUGUGUCAACUCUGUCCUAUCAGACAGAACAUACUGCCCUAUGUGAUUAUAUGAACACUCAUUAUUUCCUCAGUUUGAAACUGAUUGUGUGUUUUAUAUCGUUAACACUAUUGCCAUUUUAAAAUAAAUGAUCGAUAUUCAUAACAAUGAACAAAUCACUUCGCUCCAGAAUUAGGAUCUAGUGGCUCUAGCUGUGUGGUGACUUUGUAGGAGAUGGAUAAAGACAAUGCUACUACAGCUAGUUGAUGUUGUUUGGGUGGGACUUUUAGUGAUGCCUAAACAUUCCCGAAUGGUCUCUGGAGGUCAAGACAUUAAAACUGAGACAGAAAGGCAUUUUUUAACAAUACAGCCGAGUAGCCUCUAGCAGAAUUUCUGAAGUGGAAGGAUCUAUGAAUUCCCUGGUUGUCAUAACAGCCUGACUGUGUGGGGGUUUAAUACAGACCAACCUAACAAGACAAAAAGCCUUGUGCCUGCAUUGCUCCAUUGUAUCCUGACGAUCCUUCAUCCAUAAAAUACAGUGUGCUAAUAGUUUACGAAUUGUGUGAGAUGUAUUUUGUGUUGCUUUGAUAACCUAUAGUAACUCUUAAGAUACUG